GCGCUGCCCAGAUCCUCUCGGCGCGGGCUUUGGCUUUCCUUGGCUACUGGCUGGCUGGUCCUGAGGCGAUUGGGUGGAUCCUUUCCCGGUUUGGUCGUGCACAGCGGAACCCACUGGAUCCGGGAGGAAAAGGGCAGGAACCCGGGAUGUCGCUCUUAUCCUAAGACUGCCGAGGAAGCAGCAGCUGCUCGGGAAACGAAAAAGGAAACUUCUCGGGAGCCACCACCCAACAUGUCUCUCAAAAAGGAAGGUGCCCAGAAGAAAUGGGUUGCCCUGAAGGAGAAGCUGGGGCCCCAAGACUCGGAUCAGACGGAGGCCAACCUGGAAAACGCCGAGCCGGAACUCUGCAUCCGCCUCUUGCAAAUCCCGUCCGUGGUGAACUAUUCUGGUCUCAAGAAAAGGCUGGAGAGCAGCGAUGACAACUGGAUGGUCCAGUUUCUAGAGCUCUGUGGACUGGACCUUCUUCUAGAAGCCCUGGACAGGCUGUCCGGGAGGGGCGUCUCCAAGAUCUCCGAUGCGUUGCUGCAGCUGACGUGCAUUAACUGCGUGCGGGCGGUUAUGAACUCCCACCAAGGCAUCGAGUACAUUGUGAGCAACGAAGGCUACGUCAGAAAACUCUCCCAAGCCCUGGACACCUCCAACGUCAUGGUCAAGAAGCAAGUGUUUGAACUCCUGGCUGCUCUCUGCAUUUACUCGGUGGAUGGCCACGCGCUGGCUUUAGAUGCUCUGGAUCAUUACAAGACGGUGAAAAAUCAGCAGUACCGGUUCAGCGUGAUCCUGAACGAGCUGUUGGCAACAGACAACGUUCCCUACAUGAUAACACUGCUAAGUGCCAUCAAUGCGGUCAUAUUAGGAACUGAGGAACUAAGAGCCAGGACACAGCUCCGGAAUGAGUUCAUAGGUCUCCAGUUGUUGGACAUUUUGACCAAACUCCGAGACAUUGAGGACGAAGACUUGCUGAUCCAGUGUGAGACCUUUGAGGAGGCCAAGUCAGAAGACGACGAGGAGUUGUUAAGGAUAUGUGAUGGGAUUGACAUGAACAGUCAUCACGAGGUCUUCUCCUCGCUGUUCAACAAAGUGAGCAGCUAUCCAGUCUCCGUCCAACUGCUGUCCAUUCUCCAGAGUCUUUUACAUUUAGAACCGUCUCAUCGCUCCAGCCUCUUACUGUGGGAGUCCUUAGAAAUCCUCGUAAACAGAGCCAUCUUGCUUGCCAGUGACAUACAAGACAACAGCGUCGAAGAAGUCAUGGAGAGACUGUUGUCCAUAAAGAAGCGCCCAAAGAAACGCCAUUCGGAGUCCCGAAAACUGGCCAGCAAGGUCAACGAGAGCACUCAGACCAGUGAAGAUUUGGGGCCCUUCUCCAAGGCUGUCCACAACUCGCCUCCAGCUACCAGCCCUUCUGGUGCCCCGUGUACUCCAGAGCCACCAAACGUGCCUGAGAAUAUUACCUCCUCCGAGCUGCCUCUUUGCUCGGCAUCACUGGGCCAAAGUUGCCCUUCAUCAACUGCCCCUCCACCGCCACCCCCUCCUCCUCCACUCCCUGGAACAGCAGCCAUAUCAAUACCUCCGCCGCCACCACCACCACCACCUCCUCUGCCUGGUGCAGUGGGAAUGCCACCUCCCGCUCCUCCUCUGCCCCCUAUGCCAUGCAUCCCUCCACCUCCGCCACCUCUCCCUGGUACAAUCGGGAUCCCCCCGCCGCCUCCUCUUCCAGGAAUGCCACCUCCGCCUCCCCCUCUGCCUGGCAUGGCAGGGAUCCCUCCGCCUCCCCCACUACCAGGAAUGCCACCUCCCCCUCCCCCUCUGCCUGGCACAGGGAUCCCUCCACCUCCCCCGCUGCAGGGAAUGCCACCUCCACCUCCACCUCUGCCUGGUAUAGGAGGUAUGCCACCUCCUCCCCCGUUGCCCGGCGUGGCAGGGAUUCCACCUCCCCCACCUCUAGGAGGCAAUGUUGAGGAAAUAGUGGUGGCCCGGGUCGAUUAUGCGCUUGGAUAUGCCAGACCUUUCCACAAGAGGGUGAGGACUCCAACGCUAAGGAUGAAGAAACUGAACUGGCAGAAACUGCCUUCCAAUGUGGUAAGAGAAGGUCAUUCCAUGUGGGCUUCGGCAACAAGCACCAGUGAAGAAUUGAUUGAGCCGGACUAUUCGAGCAUCGAGCAACUGUUUUGCUUCCCGCAAACAAAGCCCAAGGAAAAAGAAGCAGCCCCAGUGAAGACAGAACCCAAAGAGAUCACAUUCCUGGAUUCGAAGAAGAGUCUCAAUUUGAACAUUUUCUUGAAGCAAUUUAAGUGCAAAAACGAGGAGGUGGUUGAUAUGAUUCAGAAAGGCGACAGGGCAAAAUUUGACGUGGAAGUUCUCAAACAGCUGCUGAAACUCCUACCAGAAAAGCAUGAAAUAGAAAACUUGAAAUCCUUCAAAGAAGAAAAGGAGAAAUUAGCAAAUGCUGAUCAAUUCUAUCUCCUCCUUCUCGGGGUUCCGAGCUACCAACUGCGGAUUGAGUGUAUGCUGAUGUGUGAGGAGACCACCGUUCUCCUGGAGAUGCUACAGCCCAAAGCAGAAACAGUCAGAAGGGCCUGUGAAGAUCUGCUCCAAAGCCAUCGGUUGCCCAUUUUCUGCCAAUUGAUCCUCAAAGUUGGAAACUUUUUGAACUAUGGAAGUCACACAGGAGAUGCCGACGGCUUUAAAAUUGGCACCUUGCUCAAAUUAACGGAAACCAAAGCAAACCAAACCCGGAUUACUCUACUUCACCACAUUUUGGAGGAAGUGGAAAAAUCUCACACAGACUUGCUGCAGCUUCCCAAAGACCUUGAGUGUGUUUCAAAAGCCGCCGGAAUCAACCUCGACGUGAUACGGUCCGAAUCCAGUUCCAAUGUAAAGAAAUUGCUAGAACUUAAGAAAAAGUUGUCAUCGUCAACAGAUGAAGUGAAAGCCCAGUAUGAAAAAGCCAUCCAGGAUAGCAUCAACGCUAACAAGAAACUGGAGGAGGAGUUUGAAACCAUUGAAAGGAAGAAGGUGGAGCUCGCCAACUACCUCUGUGAAGACGCAAACAAAUUGUCUUUGGAAGAUAUCUUUAGCACCAUGAAGACCUUCCGAGACCUCUUCAUCAAAGCACUGAAGGAUAACAAGGACCGAAAAGAACAAGCUGCAAAGGCUGAAAAAAGGAAGAAGCAGUUGGCGGAGGAAGAGGCAAAGAGGCAGAAAGGCGAAAAUGGGAAGAUCAUUAAGAAAGGAGUCGUCAAGCAAGACGAGGUGUGUGUGAUCGACGCUUUGUUGGCCGAUAUCAGGAAGGGGUUCCAACUGCGAAAAACCGCCCGGAAUAAGGUUGAGUCCGAUACUCCGGCCAAAACCUCACCCAGUCAGCCUCAGAAAGGGAAAGAGGCCGACAAAAGUGUUGAGUCUGCAAAAGACCCCAUGAAACAAGAGGCAGGUGCGAUCGUUCAAAAUAAUGGCCAGGGAGAUUUAGAAAAAACUGACCAUUCAGAAGCCGCUUCUGCAAGAGAGAAGCACAAAGUCAUUGCGGAAUCUCUGACUUCUGCUGAUGUCAGAAAUGGAGCCCAACCCAGUAUUGAGAAGAAUGGCUUAAAUAUGCUUGUAUCGGAGGGAAGCCCUGAGCCUAAUUAUGGAAUGAAGGAGCAAAGUCGGAAUUCUCCCUGUAGCUCCCAAGUCUGUGUGGACUACGAUGACUUAGCGUUUUCUCAGCCAGCCUCUUUUAUAAAGUUUGCCAGCACCAAUUCUAGCAGUUCGACGUGCUUCAGAGAUGAAACAGGUCCCAUUAACUCAGGAGACCAAAUCAGCAGAACUGAGGACAUUUGCUCCCAAAACAGCCUAAAUUCAAAGGACCGGCCAAGGAGUAGUAUUGGAAAAGACAACGGAGUAGAGGAAACGCCAGGAAAGGCUGAUGGUCUAACACCUCCGGAGGUGACCGAGCUUCCAACUGGGUCAGUAGAGGAGCUGAAAGAAAACGAAGACCCUUCUGUGGACUCCUUGCUGGAUACGUCUCAGGAGAGGUCAUUCUCGGAGGAGCCGGUGACCGAUUCUUCGUGUUCGGCAACGGUCCCCUCGGAACACACUCUUCCCGACAAGGAUGGCCAAAGAGGUUCUGCAAAGAGAAAGAAGAAGAAGAGGCAUAGCAAAAGCCACUCAGCAGUGGUUGACACUGAUUUAAAAGCCGCGGUUGAUUCUGGAGAUAAUAAAUCAAAGAGAGGUUGUGAGUUGCAGUGAGGUGGCGGCGUGAGACAGAAAAAAUAAAAUCCAAAGAAGCGUUUUCAGCGGCGUCGCAGUCCCUCUGCCAAAGGUGCCCAUGGAAACCGGACAGAGCCCAAAUUUGGUCUGGGGAGACUUUGAGUAUUUAGUAGACCAACACCCAGAUGCAAAAAAAUGGUAGGAAGGGCGGGGGAAGCAUAUUUAAUAUGUGCCUUAGUCAAAUUCCCUACUUGAGGCAGUGCAGGUUCUAUGCCAUAGAAACAGGCCUUUGGACAUGUUCUUAUUAGAAGAGUAUCUUCUAGGUAGCCAUAUACCAGCCUCCUUCUGAAGCCGAGAGGAGCGUGGCCUGAAAUGGUGCCUCUUGCACCAAAUGACCUGGAUUAUUCUAUAUUCACUUCACUACUAUCGUCUUCUGAUCGCUUCUGUUUCUGGCCUUGUAAAUGAGCACUGAUGAUCCAAAAGCUAAGUGGGACCAAGUUAAAGGCUUUUGGGGUCUAUAUCCUCCCAUGCUUUGUGAAAUGCAAAUGUUACUUAUGAUCAAAAUUGUCUUGCCCCUGCAAAGAUGGAACACUCCAACCCUGAGCGCACUUACAGAUUUGGCAACACCACGGACGCCGUUGCAUUCAGGCAAAAGAAUCCCACUGCAUACUACAGUGAAAGGUGGGAAAUCCCUUAGGGAUCACACAGGUAUACACACAGCCCACUUACGGAGGUCCCAUUUUUUGGUCAUUAUGGACAAUAGCCACUGGCUCACUUUUAUCUGGGCAAGUGACAAAUCAUUGUGGAAGACCAGUGGCCAGUAGAGCAUCUCACGGCAAGGAAUCCCUUCAGGUUUCUUUUCCCUGAGCUUCCUGCUCAUAACUAUCAUUGGGCAAACCUAAGUUUUCAUGGCAGAUUCAUACGUGCCACUUUUUGAACUAUAUAGCUUUAAGGUGGUGGUGGGGAGCUCUUUCAAAAUGUUGUGUGCGAAUUAAUGUGUUUGGAAACACUAGGAUCAGACAAGCAACCUCAUUGGCCAGUAGCUCCCUACUGAAUGGCCACAUGGUCAUAGAAUCAUAGAGUUGGAAGGGACCUCCAAGGUCAUCUAGUCCAGUCCCCUGCAUGAUGGUCAACGUAUGUUUAUUGCCACCAAAAUGUAUAAAAUGCUCCCCAGUAGCCAUAGUUUUCUUGCUUCCUGCUAGCACUUACACUUCAAUCACAUCUGAGCACCUUCAAUUGCUACCAACGCUGAUGUUUCAAAAGGCCUGAUCUCUACCUACCACAUGGUCUAUUCAUGCAGCAGAAUGAGGUAGAAAUGGGGGAUAUGAUGGGCUGUACCACUUCAGACAUGAGAUAAGGGGUCACACUUUUUUAUCACUCCCCAGUUAUUUUUUUUUAAAGAUUCCCUGUAAAUAGAAAAACAGCUGGACAACAAACAGACCGGACUGCAAUAUCUCUCCCCGAUGUACACGUUUUCUGUUGCAAGGAAUUAUUUAUAGGGGAGCAAUCAAAAAAAGUACCCCCCCCCCCCGAGCCCAUUCUACUUCAUUGUUUUCCCACAUACGUAGUCCAGGCUUCCGAAUCGAGGUGAAAAUGAGUUAGCAGAGUACUCUAAGAUGGUAGGCUGGGCUAUACCACUUCAGGCUGCGGGUGGGUGAUCACCUGUUUGAAUGCUGUUUUGUGUCAGAUAAAUUCUGUAAAUCAACAUCAACAUAAAGGGAAACAUACUGGGCUUGAAGCUUUCUCUCUGAUGUGUCAGGUUGUGUUUUUUUUAUUUUUCAUUGAGUUUUGAAAGCAUUCAAAAAUGUGAUCUCCCCCACCAAACUAUAUUUUGAACAGGUACCAUUCAGUUUAUCCCUUCAAUUCCAGUUCAGCCAGCUGCAUCUGUAGACCCAGCCACAAUUUUCCACUGUGCAGGGGGUAGUUCUCCCUGUGCCCUUAUCUUGAGUAAAACCCAUCAAAACCAAUAGAUUAGCAGCCCUACAUAUUAUUCAGCAAGACCAAGUACUGCCAAAGUAUUGAAUUAAUUAACCUUUUUUAAAAAAACUCAAAGCCUUUUUCUUUAACUAAACUCGGGAUAUCAAUUUUCCCCCUUUCUUCUUGGACUCAAGGGAGAGAGGCUGCACAGCAUUAUUUGAAUUAUACCCUUUUGUAUUUAAUAAUGUUAACUUGCAUUAUUCUGUCUUAAUAAAUAUUCUGUCUAUGAAUUCUGUUUCUAAUGACGAUUGGAUGUUGGGUGGAUUUGUACAUAGCUGCCACCUUCUGUACAUUUUUAUUUAAGUUGCGUCGAAAUACUAUGUUGAACUUACAGAAAUAAUUUGAUAAGUGUUCAGAUGCUGUGAUUAGUAAUGUUAUUAACGGGGCUAAUAAAUCAUGUGGACGAUCGAGGGACGAAUAUUGAGCAACGUUUUGUUUAAAACUGGUUUUGCAGAACAGCAUACAGCUGUUAAAACAAGAAGUCAGCUCUUGGGCAAGUUUGGUGGCUGUAGAAGAACUUUAUUGCGAAGUUCCUGAGAUAGCGUACCUACAGAACUCAUUAGGUUUAGGCUGCAUUCAGAAGUUAUGAUGAACUGUGGUAGGUUCUAAUUAUUCUUCAUGGCAUAAGCAAUGAAUUCCAAUCUGAGUCCAGUUACACCCUGAAGAUCAACAAGAUUUUCAGGAUGUAAGCUUUCAACAAAGGGAGCUUUGACUCUCGAAAGCCUAUACCCUGAAAAAUCUUGUUGGCCUUCACUGUGCUACAGGACUCAAAUCUUUCUGUUCUACUGCAGACCAACACGGCUACCCACCCGAAACUAAAUUCCAAUUUGUGCGUAAAUAGCAUCUUCUUGCCUCCUUUCCGCCUUCCAGCAGAAAGGAUAUUCUCGCAGGGGAUGGAACUGCUCAACAAACUGCGGUUUGUGAGUUCACAUACCUCAACAAACCAUAGCUGUCAUAUUUAUCGAAAAGAUAGAUGACCCUGUAUAGAAGAUGAACAUCCCCUAAAAAAAACGGUAUAUGCAUUUUAAAAUGUAACAUGUAACAGGAAGUUGUAUGACAGAAUUUCUUGGGGAGAAAAACUUAAACAGUGAAAUCCUAAGCAGAGUUACUCCAGUCUAAACCCACUGAUUUCAAUAGGCUUAGACUGGGGUAACUCUGCUUAAGAUUUUACUGUGAAUCUUGCUUGCAGGUAAAUAAGAUGUCCAAAGUAUGAUUACAAAAUCAGGCUACAAAUUCUCCUUUGAAAUUCUGUUUUGAUGCCAACCAAGGCAGCCAACUGAGUACUGAUCAAACCAUGGUUCAUAAAUCACGUGUUACUGAGAUGUGUGAAUACAGCCUUGGGCAGCAUGUAAAUUUGGGGAUUAGGUUGUUAAGAAAAUCCUACCCUCUGGCCUUGAGCACCCUUGGAGAAAGGUAUUGCCUACCUGCGAGAGAGUCUAACUAUACACUCAAGUGGAACACUAAAAACUCGGCCAAGAGGAACAGUGGUGAGAGAGGAGAUCUCACGGGCUAAACAAAGUAAGUGUACAGAAAAUGCAACGGCAAUGGAGAGAUGAAAGCCAUAGGACUUGAGCUGAACUUGUCCGUGUAGCCGAGUUCACGGUACAAAUAGUGGUGGUAGGUUACCAGCUGCUCUCCCCACCCCCGUCUUCUUGUGACCAUAUGAAAAGGAGAGCAACAGUCCUGUACUUCUAGUUGUGUAAACGAGUGUGGUUGCAGCUUCUUGUGGCAAGUUGCCGAACGUCAAGCUUCUCUACAAUCCUUCUCUUGCCACCAUCACAAGACAGACGUGGGAAUUCCAACGUGAGGGUUACUAAAAACAUUGUCAGAAUAACUACAGCCAUAAACUGGUUCUGAACGGACUGUGGAUAAUUUGACAACUUGCUGUCUCCAGCUUUGUACAUAUAUACGUUACCUGAGUGCAAUAAACUUGCUUAUAUUUAAUAAACUUCCUUUGGAAAUAAA